AUGGCUAUGAACUCAACGAUCAUCUCGCUUCUCAGUAAUACAACGCUGAUGGAUGCCACCGAUCAGCCGGGAUAUUCUGGUACUGCUAAGGACGCGAUGUGCACUUUUCCAACUAAUUUUGCGGAGGUUGAUUAUAUCAGUACUUAUAUCUAUCUACUCGCGAUCCCAACGAUUUGUGUGCUCGGUGCCGGAGCUGCUGUAAUGUGUAUUGUGGUAUUCACUAGGAAGCAAAUGAGAUCAUCACUCAACGUCUAUCUUGCUGGUUUAUCGGUUUUCGAUCUUAUCUUGCUAUCCUUCAGCGCACUGAUCUUUUCACCGCUUCAAGGUUGCGUUUUGCAGGGACAUGGUGACACAACGGUUUGUCACUUCUUCUGGAGAUCCACACCAUGGACAUUACCUAUAUCUAACAUUGCCCAGUGUGGUAGUGUCUGGACAUGUGUCGCUGUAACGGUCGACCGAUUUCUGGCAGUCAAUUACCCGCUUCAUAGCAAAAUUUGGUGUACACCACGUCGGGCUGCUACGAUUCUGGUGGCUAUCACGAUUUUCAGUAUUGUGUUCAAGGCACCAAUGUUCUUCGAACUGACCAAUGAUGAUUGUGGUCGACUGCGAACUUCUUUUCUCAGAGAUAACAAGUAUUACAAAGAAUACUAUGUAACAUUUGGGUACCUCAUCGCGCUUCUCUUGAUUCCUUGGACUAUAAUGAUCAUUUUGAAUGUUUUUGUUGUGAAAGCAGUGCACAAGGCGUAUAAGAUUCGUAGAUCAAUGCAAGGUGGAAAGAAUAAUCAAGAGGAGAAAGAUCGAAGAAACAGUCUCAGAUGCACCCUGAUGGCUAUCGCUAUGGUGCUCACUUUCUUGGUUUUCAACGUGGUCGCCGCAGUGAACAACUUGGCUGAAACGGUUUUCGAAGUCAGCUUAGGAUUCUGGAGCCCAAUUGGUAACCUGCUCAUCUGCUUGAAUAGUGCUUCCAAUAUCGUGAUCUACUCCUUAUUUGGAGCCAGAUUCCGUCAAAUGUGUGUUCUUAUGCUUUGUGGCAGACAGAGCCGGUGGAUGGAGUGGCUCAAAGUUGGAAGAAGUAUGGUCAGUGACUGGGAUGGACGAGAUGGGACUACCAGAAAAACGAGUUUGGAUGCCAGCACUGCUCUAUUAAGCGCUCGGAGUUCCCGUAGGUGGAGCAAACGAAGCCAAAGUGGAGCACCACAUCAGCCAGCCGCUCGCAAGGACACCGUUAUUUAUACAAGUGCUCAGAAUAGACUCUCACUUCAAAGCACCCCGUCGUGA